UUCAGUGCAAAAACCGUCGGCGACAUGGAAGGACCUGCCUUGAAUGCGCGCAAAACAGGACCAAAAAGGAGGCAUGAGUCAUUACUGAGGACUCUGGCGCAACCGGCGAACACUGUACCAAAGCUGGCGGAUAAAACGCACCUGGAAUUCAAUGUGAUUACCAGCGAGAAGCUGCCAGAGUAUGCCCGGCUGGACAUCUUUCAUCGUGCUGUGUAUCCAUUCAUGUUCCUGGCCCAGUGCUUUGCUGUGAUGCCCUUGACUGGCAUCCGCGAGCCCAAUCCGCGACGAGUUCGCUUUGCCUACAAAUCGUUGCCCAUGGUCGUUACGCUCACGUUUAUUGCAGCCGCUUUGAUGAUGGAACUGGCCAUGCUCAAGCACUUACUGCAGAUAGGCAUUAAUGCCAAGAAUUUUGUAGGUCUUGUGUUCUUUGGCUGUGUGUUGAUUGCUUGCGUUGUCUUUAUUCGUUUGGCCCGACGUUGGCCUCCGCUGAUCCGCUAUUGGACACGCACGGAGCUGGUCUUCACCAGGGCGCCCUACGAAAUGCCCAAAAGGAACCUAUACAGACGCGUGCAGUUGGCUGGCAUGAUGAUCAUUGGACUGUCGUUGGGGGAACAUGCCAUGUACCAGGUUUCUGCAAUUAUUAGCUACAAGCGGCGCGUAAAUUUGUGCUCUGCGGCGGCCAACAUUACAGCUGUGACCAACUUCGAUGACUAUAUUAACUUGAACUAUGAUUAUGUGUUUCAAUGGCUGCCCUACAGCCCCAUCAUUGCUUCUUUAAUACUGCUUAUCAAUGGAGCCUGCACUUUUGUGUGGAACUACAUGGAUCUGUUCAUCAUGAUGGUCAGCAAAGGACUUGCUUAUCGCUUCGAGCAGAUCACGGCACGGAUACGCAAGCUAGAGCAUGAAGAGGUGGCCGAAUCCACGUUCAUCGAAAUCCGUGAGCACUAUGUAAAGAUGUGCGAACUGCUGGAGUAUGUGGACAGCUCCAUGUCCAGCCUUAUACUCCUUUCCUGUGUGAAUAAUUUGUAUUUUGUUUGCUAUCAGCUUCUGAACGUGUUCAACAAACUCCGCUGGCCCAUCAACUAUAUUUACUUUUGGUACUCUCUGCUCUAUCUAAUUGGACGUACGGCCUUUGUGUUCCUCACGGCAGCAGACAUCAAUGAGGAGUCGAAGCGUGGUCUGGGCGUACUGCGACGCGUCUCCAGCAGGAGCUGGUGUGUGGAGGUGGAGCGCCUCAUAUUCCAGAUGACCACCCAAACGGUGGCUCUGUCGGGCAAGAAGUUUUACUUCCUCACACGCAGGCUUCUUUUUGGAAUGGCUGGAACCAUUGUCACAUACGAGCUGGUUUUGCUGCAAUUCGAUGAACCCAAUCGACGCAAGGGUCUGCUGCCCUUGUGCGCCUGAUGACAAACAACAUGCCCCCACAUUUCUCGCCAUUUGUCAUGCCAGCUGCCACGGACAGACAGUGCUGCAAUUAGUUUUAAAUACUUAGUUGGUAAAUUGCAAAUCGUAAACAACAACCACGCCCCCGCUGUCCGUUCGCGAGGUGGUGCUGCCUGCCAGAUUGCCACUCGAGUGUCCAGUGAUAGUUUGGCCAUGCCGCAGGGCGAAACAUUCCAUCGGGCGGUCUCGAAAGUUCUUUUCAUUUCGCAAAUCUAUGGCCUGCUGCCUGUAAGUAAUGUCCGAGCUUUGGAUGUGGAGGACAUACGCUAUCGAUGGCUUUCCCCACGCAUCUUCUACUCCGCCCUCAUCAUAGCAUUGAAUAUCUGCGAAUUUGGUGCCGUGUUAAAUUAUGUGGGACAGGUGGCUAUCAAUUUUCACAACUCUAGUACUCUGUCGCUAUAUGUUGUCUGUCUGUUGGAGCACUUUUUCUUUUGGCGCUUGGCCAUCCAGUGGCCCAGCAUCAUGCGCUCGUGGCAUAGCGUGGAGCUGCUUUUUCUGCGCGUGCCCUAUCGCUUCUAUGGGGAAUACAGGAUGAAGAAACGCAUCUACACUGUGUUUGCAGUGGUCAUGUUAUCGGCUUUGGCGGAGCACUGUCUGCUGCUCACAAACUCCUUUCAUCUCAGCAACAUGGAGCGCACGCAGUGCAAGAAUAAUGUCACCUACUUCGAGAGUAUCUACAGGUGGGAGCGUCCACAUCUCUACAUGAUUCUGCCAUAUCAUUUUUGGAUGCUCCCCUUUUUGGAGUGGAUAAACGAGACCAUUGCCUAUCCGCGCUCCUUCACCGACUGCUUUAUUAUGUGCAUUGGCAUUGGCCUGGCCGCACGAUUCCACCAACUCUAUCGACGCAUUGCUGCUGUUCACAGAAAGGUCAUGCCAGCUGUCUUCUGGACUGAAGUGCGGCAGCAUUAUCUGGCCCUCAAGCGUCUGGUGCGUCUCCUGGAUGCCGCCAUUGCACCGCUUGUACUGCUGGCAUUUGGCAAUAACAUGUCCUUCAUAUGCUUUCAGCUCUUUAAUAGUUUCAAAAACAUUGGCGUGGACUUUAUGGUGAUGCUGGCCUUCUGGUAUUCCCUGGUCUUUGCAGUAGUACGCACCUUGCUGACGAUUUUUGUGGCCUCUUCAAUCAAUGAUUUUGAGCGAAAGAUUGUAACGGCUCUGCGGGAUGUCCCCAGCAGGGCAUGGUCCAUUGAGGUUCAGCGCUUCAGCGAGCAUCUGGGUAAUGAUAUGACGGCCCUAUCCGGCAGUGGCUUCUUCUACCUCACACGCUCACUUGUCCUGGCUAUGGGCACUACCAUCAUCACCUAUGAGUUGAUGAUAUCGGAUGUGAUCAACCAGGGCGGCAUUAGGCAAAAGACUCAAUACUGUAGAGAAUUCUAAGUUAUAAAUUCGAUAAAUUCAAGAGCACGAUUAGCCAUAAGUGUCACAAAGCCCCAUGCAAAGCACUCGCACAGCUAUUCAGAUAAUAAUCUGCAAAAUACAAGGCUAAAUGUUAAACGAAAGGCACACGCCCCCUUGUUUGUGGUUCUGGGACACGCUCUAAAUCAUUUUCCACUCAACAGCGAAGCCAUGAAGCAGGUCGCGACUAGAAACACGCUUCAGCAUGCCAUUGGACCAUUCAUGGUUGUGGCACAAUUCUUUGGUGUGCUGCCAGUGUCGGGGAUCUGGCCAAGUUCGCCUGCGGAGAAGGUAAGCUUUCGCUGGUUCUCCCUGUCGUUUCUUGCGGCCGUUGGAAUAUUCCUUUUCUCCAUUAUGGACUGCGUUCUUUCCUCCAAAGUGGUGCUCGAUCAUGGCCUAAAGAUCUAUACUAUUGGUUCUCUCAGCUUCAGCGUGAUUUGCAUCUUUUGCUUUGGAGUCUUCCUGCAGGUCUCCCGUCGCUGGCCGCAUCUCAUUCAACGGACAGCGGAGUGCGAGCAGAUCUUCAUGCAGCCCGGCUACGAAUGUUGCUUUGGCCGUCGCUUCAGUCGUCGCCUGCGGCUCUGGGGAGUGAUUCUCUUCGUGGCCGCCUUCUGCGAACAUUGCACCUACGUGGCCAGCGCCUUGUACAACAAUCAUCUGCAGAUUGUCGAGUGCAAGCUGAAUGUAAACUUUUGGUUGAACUACUUUCAGCGCGAGCGCCAGCAGCUCUUUCUAGUGCUCCAAUUCUCCUCCUGGUGGAUACUUUUCAUCGAGUGGACCACCGUCUCGAUGACUUUUGUGUGGAACUUUGUAGACAUAUUUCUAAUUCUAAACUUUCGGGGAUUGCAGAUGCGCUUCCAGCAGAUGCACUGGCGCAUCCGCCAGAAUGCCUUCCAGCGGAUGCCAAACGAAUUCUGGCAGACAGUGCGCUGCGAUUUUCUGGAUCUGAACGAUCUGCUCAGCAUCUAUGACAAAGAACUAUCUGGACUUAUAGUCCUCUCUUGUGCCCACAACAUGUACUUUGUGUGUGUGCAGAUAUAUCACAGUUUUCAAUCCAAGGGAAACUAUGCCGAUGAGCUUUACUUCUGGUUCUGCCUGUUGUAUGUCAUUCUGCGGGUCUUGAAUAUGAUGUUUGCUGCCUCUUCCAUACCCCAGGAGGCCAAAGCCAUAUCGGACACUCUCUACGAAAUACCCACGGAAUUUUGGAGCGUGGAACUCAGGCGCCUAAACGAGGUCUUGAUCUCGGAGAACUUUGCACUCAGUGGCAAGGGCUACUUUUUUCUGACUCGAAGGCUGAUAUUUGCAAUGGUCGGCACCUUAAUGGUCUACGAGCUGGUUCUGAUCAACCAAAUGGCUGGAACUGUGACCCAGAAGAGCUUCUGUGACGGCGGUGUCGGCUCCUCCAAGAGCGUAUUUGCCUAAUGGGCUGUCUGUUUG